GGCAGAUUAAGGCACACCAGCACAGAAGUAGGUCUUUGCCCUUGCUCAAUUUAGCUCGCGAUAUAGGACAUUGACAACUUUUGAGUUAUUUUACUUGUUUUGCUUCCCCCUGUUGGUCUUAUUUCGUCGCGUAGCAAUAAUUUCUUGCCCUUUUCAUCGUUUUAUUCUGCUCAGCCUCAGUUGUCACGUUUCUUUUAGCCGCAAGCGCAACGUCCCAUGAACCCCACCAGAGGAGUUGGAAGAUUGGAAGAUAAUACUGGUAGUAACGAUAGCAGAACUCCUGCCUCAAGCAGCGCAACGACCUCUGGGCCUGCAUUUGGCUGUUGCACGUCGACGGCACGACACCACCUGGAAACGGAGUUGCAGUUUCAGCAGACUGUCACGUGGCAAGAGCAGGAAGUUGAGCGGUGCCAGUACGUAGCAGCAUACAGCUCAGCAAAGCAAGAUACAGAUACGCAAGUCUUUCGCGCGUCAGCUUCCCAACCGCUGUCCUCGUCAGGAAAUACUAGUACAUCAAGGCAGAACGUUCAGUACAGCCGGAGCCGUGGACCACGAGGUGGCAACAUGUUCGCAGCAAGGAGCCGGAGUCCCGAAGGCGAACCGUUGCCAACGUCGCGGAGUCCGAGCACCGUGACGACGUUGGGAUCGGUGUCCGGGGAAAGUGUAGCCACGAUGAAGCCCCCGCAGUCGGUGCAACGAGGUGGAGGUGGUGUUGCUGCCCACCAGCAGUACGGAGUGAUGCCCAGCACUUGUUCCCAUCACCCUUCGAUGCAAGAUAUGACCAGCACCGCAGCCUCGACGCAAUUGAACCACGAACUCGGCGGGUCAUUUGGAGAUCACGCAGCGGCCAACAAAACCGACAGGAAUGAUGAACACACAACCGCAUCGUCAGCCGCCAAUAUCAUCGUCUCACUGGUGACGCUGCCGCUUCGCGCCACCGCCUUGACGGUUGGCAAAGCUGCCGAAGUGGCACAAAUUGUGGCAGAGCCGCUGGCCCCGCGGGAUGCCAUUCCACUAGGUUUCUGUGUUAAGUUUGAAAAAAACCCACCGACAGCUGCUCCCAGUAGCAUGAAGGGAAAGAACAAGCAUCAAGACUGCUCACUGGAGAUGAACAAGUUGCAGGACUACAGCAGCUUUGUCACGCCCUAUGGUUCCUUCCAUUCCGCCGCGUCCUCUUCACCACGCCCGGAUGAGUCUGCUGCUCACGUCGCAUCAAGUUCAUCAUCGCACGCCCGGUGGCGCGUCACUCUCUCAAAACCUGGCGGUCUGAGUCACGACCUGGAUCAGGCACUGAAAAGUCGGGGGAUCGUGGACAAGGAAUUUCUGAGGGCGACGUUUGACCAGCUGUGCCAGAGCACCAUCGAGAAGUCGCUGCGCAGAUUGGAAAAGAUGCGGAUUAAGGAGGGCAACGUGAAAAUGAAAUUCAUGGCGAAAAACUCGUCUUCGUCCAGAAUCCGCGGUACGCAAGCAAACCAGAAAAAACCUGCGGCGCUGCAAACGCACUCCCAUCUGCCGAUGACCAGCUAUUCCACCCAGUACGACCACCGCUACGACCAGACCGACGAUGAUGACACUGUUCUGGCGCUGCUGGAAGAGACACGCCCGGAAGACAGCACCGCAAUUCAGGCUUUUGAGCAGGAGGGUUUUUGCACGGCGGCGCCGGCAAUUUUUAACACUAAGGGCGUCCUCUCCGGUUGUAGCACUAGCGCACUGGUUCUUCACGAUCCCGCGUCGUCGAGCCAGGUCUUAUUUUCCACCCAGCUGCAGCUUACGCCAGCCGCGUUUGAGCGCAGGAAAAGGCAGAAGCAAGGCAGCUUCGCGACAACCAAGCACUUAGCUACGCUACCCUAUCGCGCUACCCGGAGGGCUGCGCGCGCCUCGCUGAAGCUGCAGAAGGCCAUUUUUUACACGCCGACCAGGUCGAUCGCUUCGCAUGUGUUGUGGCCCUUGAUGCGCGUUUCCGUGCUCGACAAGAACCCGGCGUUGCAGUACGUUUUGCAUCGACUGCGACACUUUCCGCUUUUUCAGGCCAGUGAGGCCGUUGCUACUGGCCUGGCGCUCGCCAUGUUGCACACCCUCAGCACGAGUGUCAACUUCAGCGCUUACUGCGCCGACGCGGUCAAAAGUCUGUGUGGACGUGCGGUCAACAUGGGAUGGACGGCCGUGCAAACAGCGGAAAUGAUGUUCCGGAGAGGUACAGUUUUAAGGUGUUCUCGCAUAUAGUCCUUUGGUAGGUGUCGAUGAAUAUGAUCUAAGCUCAGCAAGAUUCAAAUCCGGACCGGAGCCAGUCAGUCGAAUAUAAAGAUUUAGUGGUUUUAACUGGUGAUAAUUGCUACGUUUUUCAUGAAAAAUCCGAAAUAUACUAUAGUUAUAGACAUGUUCCCAAAUCAACUACACAGUUUUCCUUCCCUGCGUGCAGUUCCCGCUGCACGUUACCGGUAGUUUGUUGCUCUGGCGGCUGGCUCCGCCCGAGAUUGCCUCCGAGGACGCGACGCGGUACCCGCUGGUAACCGCCCCACUGAGGAACACGCAGAAGCUGCUAAGUGCGGUGUUGGGCCUCACCCGAGAGGCGGUAGACGCGUUGCUGCCCCCGGUUGACGUGAUUCCCCCGGGAACCAAAAUCUCCGUGCAGUACACAAUGCAGCGACGGUGGUCGGUGCGCGUGGAGUCGCCGUCCUUCCGGAUCCGGCGGGUGUUGGCCGAAGAAUUUUUGGCCGCAAUCGAAGCGGCGGAAGUUGAGGCUAUGUUUGGAAGCGCGGCACAAAAUCAAGGCGCGCGUGAUGUCGGUGGCGCAUCUACAACUUCAUGGGCCGGCGUGAAUAUGGUCUGACUUCUUCGACGCGCAGCCUAGGGACGACCUUCAUGUUGCUGCUUCAAGAACUUCUACUUCCCUGCUGCGCUUCGAGUUCGAAAUAUCAACUGUGAGUCAACCUUGUCUUUUGUCGCGUCUUGUUUAUUUUAGUGUGAUCACGAUCUUCACCUCCUUCUCUUCCGCCAUGUCCAUGUACAAAUUUUUGUUUCAUCUUCGAUCGGAAUUGCUUAUCAGCAAUGUUGUAUGCUGGGAUAAAAUCGAAAUCGAUGGUGCGUUGAUGACGAUCACGCUCGUUUCCGUAUUUACUUUUGGGUAUCUGACGAGGUCAAGUUUCUCUUUCCUGUUUCCUCUUAAAAUCACAUCUAACAAAACCAACGUAUAAUGCGUACCCCGAACAGACAGAUUCCCGGCCGGCAGAUUGUUAUGACAGGCCCUGAACGUGAACAGAGAAGCAUUUGCAUGAUUUCCCUGCUUCGCGACGAAUACCCCUACACGAAUAGGAGCUUUCCUUUCAUUCUGUAUGAUUGUUUUUUGGCACUAGUAAAGCGAUUGCUUCCCCUUUUGCGUCCUAAGUCUGUCAAGUGAACAAUUAUGAAUUCUUCCCCUUUGACCACCUUUAUCCCCUCAACCCGUCCGAGACAGUUCCGGCUCCCCUGGUGGGCCUAUCAAUACGUGAGGCAUUUGCGGUAUUGCGCCAAAUCAUUAUCAUGGCACUGUUUUCUGUGAGAAAAGUCGAAGAAGAAGAACACGAAGUCAACGACUCUGGAACAAUAUGACAAGAUUCGGUGAACAAUACGUCAUGCUGCAUUCGUGUUCGUAAUUUUCUCAAUCGACAUUGUGCUCGGCUCUCACUCCACCUGCCUAUUAUAAAUAUAGAUCCCUUUAUUUUCGGCGCCGAUAGAUCUCUAUUUGUGAUCUUCUACUUCUUUCUCCGUUCUUUAGCAUCAAGCUAGUAUUCCGUUACAAUCGAAGCAAGUUGUUC